CCGUAUGCCAAGUGAUGAAUGUAGCAGACGGUAAUUCUUUGUACGAUCGUUUUGUUGAGAGCAAGACGUUGAAGGAUACGAUAGACACUUUUUCACAGCUCUGUACGGCACUGGACAUCGACUCAACCCAAUGCGGUCUUACAGUGUACCACCAGUUGAAAGAGAAACUGAGAUCAUGGAAAUGCUCGUCUCUUUGGAGUUUGCUUGACAAGCGAGCAGCGCAGAAAGAAUAUGGGAAGGGUCGCGCUUGUAUUGGGAAGAGAAUACUUAUCAUCGGAGGUGGUCCUGCUGGCUUGAGAGUUGCUGUUGAAGGAGCUUUCCUGGGCUGUGAUGUUCACGUUGUUGAAAAGCGCAACGUAUUCACUAGGAAUAACGUGCUACACUUGUGGCCCUUUACUAUUGAAGAUCUUAAGUCUCUCGGUACCAAGAAAUUUUUUGGAAAAUUUUGUAGUGGAGCCAUUGAUCAUAUCAACAUUCGUACGUUACAGCUCAUCCUUUUGAAAAUUUCUCUUAUUUUGGGUGCCAAAAUGCACACAGGAGUUGAAUUUGUUGAAGUUGUUCCUCCUACCUCUUCACAUCCAGGUUGGCGGAUGCAAGUGAAGCCGUCUGACAACAGUCUUAAUCAGCUUGUGUUUGAUUGUGUUAUUGGAGCUGAAGGAGCAAAACCUGGUCUUCCAGGAUUCACCAGGAAAGAGUUUCGAGGAAAGCUGGCUCUUGGCAUUACAGCCAAUUUUGUGAACAGGAACACAAGAGAAGAAGCAGCUGUUAGUGAGAUUAGUGGAGUUGCAUUUAUUUUCAAUCAGUCAUUCUUUCAAGAACUAAAAGAAAGCACUGGGAUUAACUUAGAGAACAUUGUUUAUUACAAAGACGAGACGCAUUAUUUUGUGAUGACUGCAAAGAAAGAAAGCCUUUUUAAUAAAGGAGUGUUUAAGCAAAAUUUGAGUGACGUUUCAGAUCUUCUUUCAAAAUCAAAUCUUGAUUUUGAAGCUUUAUGUUCAUAUGCCAGAGAAGCAGCAGAUUUCUCAACAGACCUUCCACACUUGGAUUUUGAGUUGAAUCAUAAGGGUCAACCUGAUGUUGCCAUUUUUGACUUUACCAGUCUUUUUGCUGCUGAUCAUGCAGCAAACGUAUGGGAAGUUUGUGGACAGCAGCUGCUAGUCAUGAUGGUUGGGGAUGCUUUAAUUGAGCCUUUUUGGCCAACUGGCAGUGGAUGCGGUCGAGCAUUUCUUAGUGCAAUGGAUGCAGCUUGGACAAUGAAGUGCUUUUCACAAGGAAUGGCACCAUUGGAAUUGCUUGCUCUUAGAGAAAGAGUGUUUCAGUUUUUACCUCAGACAACACCAGAUCGUCUGAAUCAACAAUUUAACUGCUACACAAUCAAUCCUUCAACUCGUUAUCCGGAUGUGAUGAGGAAGACAGAUGUUGCUGGUGUAACUCAUCUGUAUCUGAAAGAUGAACAGUUGUCUCAACUGUCCCUGCAAGUAGGAGAUAUAGCAGAAAUAAGGAAGAAAGUUCGUAUUGAUCAGGAAUCAACUGCUGUGUUGGAGCGUCAAGUACACAAGGAAUUGCCACCAAAUGAAGACAAGAUUACUCCUCUCAAAACACCUCGUAAAACAAGUUAUCAACAGAGAAGAGGAAUAACGAGAGCAAUAUGGAGCCCAGCAGAAGAUUCUGCAACUGUUGCUGAUACAAAGAGUUUAAUUUCGUGGAGUUCCAAUGAGCUACGAUCGUAUAAACUAUCUGUGACAAAUAUGACAACUUCUUGGAGUGAUGGAAAAGCAUUUUGUUGUCUUAUUCAUCGAUACUUUCCACAUCUUAUUGACUUUGAUUCAGUGAAGAAGAGUUCUGCUGAAGUGAACAAUAAACUAGCAUUUGAUAUUGCUGAGAAGCAUCUUGGUAUUUCAGCUUUACUGAAUCCAGAGGACAUGAACAAUCCAGACAAACUGACUGUUAUUCUUUAUGUUUCUCGUCUUUUUGAUUACUUGCAUGACAAAGAGCCUGUUCUAGCACCAGGCAUCUCUCAACGAUUGGAGACACCUAUUGAUCAUGAGAAACAAAGGAAGAAACCUUCUGAUGAGAAACAGGAAUGCGAAGUUGCAGCACAGUUUAGUGUUGCAAGGCAAAACUUGAGAAAAGUCAAGAGGCAGAUGACAAGAUCUUCAAGUGGGAAAUGGGAUUUUACAAACAGAGAUUUGGUCUAUGAAGCAACAACUGCUAUUGCAUCUCCUUCACAAUUAGUUACUGCCACACCUACUUCUGGCAGUCCUCAGUUUCAACCAAAGAAACGAUCUUCGUUAAGUGAUCGUUGUCACUUUUGUACCAAGAGGGUGUAUGCCAUGGAGAAAUUUCAUGCAGAAGGUUUCUUUUUUCAUAGAGGAUGCUUUCGCUGUAGUCAUUGCAACUGUCAGCUAAAGCUGGGAGAUUAUGCGUAUUCGAAGGGUGAAGAAGGGCAAGAGGGAAAGUUCUUUUGUCGAGCCCACUUCAAACAACUGUUCUACUCAAACCCAGCAGCUGUUGGGUAUGCAAGGGCAGAAGAUAAAGCAAAGAGAACUUCUGAGAUGCCACCUGCUAAUCAACCAGAGUUGCACAAGCAGUCUUCUGUGUUUCUUAAACAAAGGGGACAGAGGUAUGCAAAUCCUACUGUGACAGCAGCUGAAGGCAGUCGCGAGACGACACCCACUCCAGUAGAUAUGCAAGAAGUGCGACAAGUAGGUGGAAUUACAAGACAUCGACUAAGUCUUGUAGAGAUCGCAAGGAAGAGCCCAGAUGAGCAACUAAGGGAAACGAGAUUGGCACAACAAAGGUUAGCUCAAAAACAGCAUCGGAAGAGACUUCGGUUGGCACAAGAAAUACAAAGAGAAAUGGGAAUGCUUGAAGUUCAACUCAGUGACUUGGAACAAAAGGGAGUAUUUGUGGAGGAAAAGCUGAGACAAGACAAUUUGAGUGAAAGUGAGGAAUCUGCACUGUAUGGUGAUUGGUAUUCGUUAAUUAACGAGAAGAACGCUCUGGUGAGAAGAGAUGCAGAGUUGAUGAUACUUUUCAAAGACUUGCAACUGGAAGAUAAACGGCAACAGAUAGAAAAUGAACUGAGGGCCAGGGAAGCAAUACCAGCUGAAGAGAAAACGGAAGAAGAUAGAAAAGAGGAAAAACAGCUGUUGCAAGAUCUCUUGGCUGUGGUUGAUGAGCGUGAUGAGUUGGUCAAUCAGACGGAAGAAGAGCGCGUCAGAGAACUGGAGGAAGACCAGGCGAUACAGAAUACCUUGACGAAAAAGGGUCUCUGGGAAGCGGAACAAUGUGGUGCUGGCUGUCAAGCUACACCCCAACCAGAUGACGCUACUCUGCGUGCUGACGUACAGACGAGAGACACCAGCACACAAAUAAGAGACAAAGACAGGAAGUCCAGAUUUUUUUCUUGGUUAUUCUAGUUUGUGUGCAGGAACAUCAGGGCACCCUGACAUGGUUUUGUGUUGCGUGUUCCUGUAACGUCAUCUUAGUAAUGAGAAUGAGAUGAUAUUUCUAGGGCA